AACAUAACUUAAAAAAUAAAGUUAUCAACUUAGAAAGUUUAUCUAAAUCAAUUAAUUACAUUUUUUACAUUGCAUUCAUGUAUAAAAUCAAGUGGUGUCAACAGAUACUCUGAAUUACUUUUUAGAGUGUGGAAGAUGUCCUUUGAAGUGCAGCGUUGUCCUGCAACAGCUCCACAUACCUGGUGCCGUUUGACGCCCCUGCACAACAGAAGAAAACACAAGUUCAUGCCCCGCUUGCUCCUCCCAUCACAUGUCAGAAGAAGGUUGAAGGAUAUUUUGUGGAAUGAGCGGGACAAGUGAGGUGGUCGUUUCGUACUCCAUGGUUGAGCGCCCACCAUGGCCGACUCGGACUACGACUACCUGAUCAAGCUGCUGGUCCUCGGGGACUCGGGCGUGGGCAAGACCACCUUCCUGUACAGGUACACCGACAACAAGUUCAACCGCAAGUUCACCACCACCGUGGGCAUCGACUUCCGGGAAAAAAGGCUGAUGUACACCGGCACUAAUGCUGACGGGGUCAGUGAGAAGAACUUCAAAGUCCACCUUCAGCUUUGGGACACGGCCGGACAAGAGAGGUUCCGCAGCCUCACCACGGCCUUCUUCCGGGACGCCAUGGGCUUCCUGCUCAUGUUCGACCUGACCAAUCAGCAGAGCUUCCACAAUGUCAGGAACUGGAUGAGUCAGCUGCAGGCCAACGCGUACUGCGACAGCCCGGACAUCGUCCUGGUGGGCACCAAGGCUGACCUCAGGAACACGAGGAGCGUCCAGACCAGGCAGGCCCAGGAUUUGGCUGACAGAUACGGCAUCCCCUACUUCGAGACGAGCGCGGCGACUGGCACGGACGUGGACAAGGCGGUGAGGAUCUUGCUGGACAUGGUGAUGAUGAGGAUGGAGCAGAGCAUGUACGGAGGUCACAACUCCCAGCACAAUGGCAGCACUGCAGCCCACCAGGUGCAGGAGGCCACUGUGUGGAGCAGGUGUGCCUGUUGACCUCGUCUCACCCGGCCCACCAUCCUUCUAUUAGAUACACCUGCACCAUGUCCUCAGACUUGCAUCAUUGCAUUCUUGCCUUUGCAGAAAUAAUAGUGCUCUUUAUAAUAAAAGGUAAUGCCAUUAUUAUUAUUACUGUGAAUGCAGAACAUGUGAUGCAUCUCCUGUUGGAUAUCAUUACGUUGUGCAGGUGUACCUAAUGAUCUGACCGAUGAGUGUACAUUUGCUUUACAGUUACGACCUAUCAAUCAAUCAAAAGACUCUUGGCUUCCUGUGACUUUUUGGACAUUAAUGUUAAUCAGAUAAGUAUUAAAUUAAUUAGAUGGCAGUUUUUUACAUUGUAAUACAGCUUCUGAGUCCUACUGCCUAAUAUUAGCACUUUUUCUUCCACUGGAGUGACUCCUUCCAACCUCUUUCUGCAUUUAGCCAUUAGCUAGCUUUAGCUUGUAGCAUCCGUGGACACCAGCGCUAGUUAGCAUAGUGACGAAUGCAGUUAGCAGGUAAAAAAAAAAUACAUUUGUUUGAGUCCGUCAAUACAUACUUACGGGCUAAUUUUCAACCUUUGUGUAUUAAUCAAUAAGGUAAGUUUCAUCACAUUUGAGUCACUGCUUUCUGUUGUAUCUUCUUUAGAAACGUUUCUUUCUGAUGCAGAUGAAAUGAGUCAUUUAAAGGGAUUUUCUUGAAGUAAACACUAAAACGUGUCUCAUACUGUAUAUUAGCUGUAAGCUAACUAGCUUCUAGCCUAAUUUGAGACUACUGCACUGAGCAAUUAAAUUAUCUUUGUUGCGCUGGUUAGUAUGAUGGCUACAGGUACAAAACUAUGGCUAAUUUUCCUUAUUAAUAUACUGUAUGAGUUCACCUGUAUCCUUAAUAUAUAUUAUUUACAUCAGAAAUUUACAUCCCUGUUUGCAUCUGAUUAAAUGACAACCGGAAGUUUCGUCGCACGUCUUCAACGUCAUCAGGUUGACUCAAAAGUAUAGGUUGUGCUGGCACUUGCAACUUUCUUUGGCUCCAUUUUGGGCGUCAACAUUGAUGUCUCAAAACAGGAAAAUAUUGGUGGUAGUUGAUCUCGCUCUGCCAUAUUGUGUCUUUGGGGACAGCGCUUCAAGAAUAUCGUCUUCAGUGAAGGUAAAAAGUAACAUUUCAUUCGUCAUUUAUGUGUAUUUAGAAUCCAUGUAAAACUAUAAUUGUAAAACUAUAAAAACGCGUUUGUUGUUUUGAGUUAAUCACGUCUACGACUGACGUAACUUCCUGUUUCGGUUGCCAUUUGUUUGCUAGCUAGUAAGACUGACAUGGAAAGACGUUUUGGGAUGUAUUUAUAUGCAUUUCGAAUUGUUUUCUUCUUGUCAAACUAUGACUGUAAAACGACAGAAACAUAUUUUGUUUUAACAUGUUUGGGUUUCUGAAAAAGAUUAAUUGUAUAUGCAUUAUUUCUUAUGGGGAAAUGUGGUUGAUUUGGUUAGCAUCUGUUUCAGUUAGAGUUGUGGAAUUAAUUCAUGACGCCGACCAAGGUUCCACAGUAUUGUAAAAAUUAAUCACAAUAAAUAAAAGCAGUUCCCCUUUGAUUGGUCAAUUAGAAGGAAAAAAUGCCGUUUUUAUUCGACAUCAAAUGAAUAUGCAGGCACAUAUUUAUCAUAGAGUAUAAUUCAAAAGUCAUGGAAGUUAAUAUACAGAUACUUUUUUUUGUCAAAACAACCCAGACAUUUCUGACUUUUUAUAUUAUGACAUGUGUACACGCACAUUAGCAGCCACGUUAACAGCAUUUAGUAUUAUGUAACAGAUUCGCCAUGCAGACCAGGCAAAGUACAAGAAUGGCAACUUGUGGAAGCACGGUGUUGUCAAUAAAGUUAUUUCUAUGUGUAACUUAUGUACAGACGGGUGGAGAAUGCAGAAAUACAUUUGUACAUAGAGGCUGCUUUGAUGUAAAUCUACUCAACAAAACGUCAACAUGUCUUAACUUUUUUUUUUGCUUUACUUUCAUUUGCUUAAUUCUCACUUACCAAAGCAACCUACUGUACGCUCAUUUUCGUCAGGACUACAAUCUAUUAGCGGCAAUAUCUGCUACAAACAUUCAGAAAAAUGAAGAAAUGUGCUUCCGCCAAGGCCAAACAUGCUGACGCAGCUCCCUCUGUUGGACCUGGUUUGUAACUGCACCGAUUGGUCUCGGUGCAAGCGGACUGUAACCCCCCAAAAAGUGAAAAUACUCGUUCAGAGGGAGGUUUUUCAUGUGCUGGGCUUGGUGAAGGUGAAAGUUGUAAAAAUAGAGUUGUAAUGCUACAAAAAAUAAAACUGAUGAUUUUUUUAAACUUACAUGGUAUUAAAUGAAUACUACUAUAGUGGUGAAAAAAGGUCUAUUAGUAGAAAUAUGUAACUUUUUUGGACAAAAGAGUCAUUUAAGUUAGAAGUCCUACAUUUUAGGAUAAAACCAUGGUAGUUUUACAAUAAAGUUGUAAUAUCACCAUUUGUAAAGUUGUAGAUUUACACAAAUCAAGUGUUAA